GCUUGCGAAACUUGUGUUAUGGCACAUUAAUCCCACUUUGCUAUAAAAAUAUCCCAUUGUUUACGUUUUGAUUUUCCGGGCAUUCGCAUUUGAGAGAGUGUUUUCUUUGAGGAAAUUGUGAAAAAAACGAGAAAAGAUCACAAUGAACCGAUCAUUUUACUUUGACAACAAUCGCCGGAGUCAAGGGGACAAUGGUCAAUCGAAUCGUAAAAGUUUUUCACCCUACAACAGUCCAAAUCAGGGUCAGGGAGGCAGUGAUCAGGGAUUUCGGGGCUUUCAAGGGAGAAAUAGAUUCAGACAGUCCUUUCAGCAGAAUCCCUACAGCAAGUCGUAUUCCCCCAAUUCGCCACAGAACAACUUCAGAGGCAGGAAUAGCCAGAAAUUCUCUUCGAGAAGAGAUAAUUCUAUUGAGCAGUACUUCCAUCCGUCGAUGCUUGAGGAUCCCUGGGCAGGUUUGCUGGGGAACCUGGGGAAACAGAAGCAGGAAGCGGAAAAUGAUGAAAAGACUUUGGAAGAAGACUCUCUAACGGGGAAGUUUUCUCAAGGCGAAGAGAGGCAAUCAGAUGAUACAGAAGAUGCCCAAGAGAGUCAAGAAUCAGAAUCAUUGGAAGAAGCAGUGGAAAAUGUGGAAAAUGAUGAGAAUUUUGAAAAAAUCUCUGAGGAAAAAUGAUAAUAAAAAGGAUCUUGGGUUUAUGUCUUGAAU